CGCUGGAGCCUCUGGGGAAGGCAGACGGAUGGACAGACGGGCGGCACAUGGGGGGCUGAGUCUGGGGCAGGAGAGGGAGAAGCCGUGGGAAGACCCUCUGAACCAGAGCUGCCCACUUUCAGAUUGGAAAAGAAGGGAUCCGCAGCCUCCCCUGUCCCGGGGACAGUCGACGGGAUAUCUAACAAUCCGGGAUCGCAGCGGGAAGCAGCGCUGGAAUCAGGGCAUUUCCUGCAAAAAAGGGGAGGUUGACAGCUAUGCUCUGACCGGGGUCUCCUUCCCGUCUGGAGGGGAGAAGGGGACCCCGAGGUCGGCGAGCUUCUUUGGAAAGACCUCCGCAGUGGCAUUGCUCAGAGAACCGGGUCAAGGACGAAAAGCUCCCUUCUCUGGAGGCAAAGAAUGAGGCUGCGCCCAAAGCUUUUCACGGAAACCUCUGCCAUUACUAGGGAAAGGAGCAGCAAGGCCAGGAAGCAUAUGGCCCCCUCUUCUGUCCACCUCAACGUCUCCCUCAAGUGGAAGAACCGAUCUGGAGAGACGCUGUGCCUGUACUACUGUGUUUAGGCCUUUGACAUCUUUGAGUUUAGUUUAAGAAUAACUUAACUUCUACCUGAAAGAAUGCCUCUCCUGACCCAACCUUCUUUCACCAACAUUUUGUGUUAAAAAAAAAAAGCUUUUCUGGUUUGACCAACUCCUGCCUCAGACUGCAAAUCACUAGGUUUUCCCUCACACAAAAGCCCCCCCCCCAGCCUGUGGCAAAAGGUAGAAAUUUGGUGGGUCACCGAUAAUGAGUGAGCCUGCGACAUAUUAGUUGGUGCUUAGCGGUGGGCUCUGCCCCAGAGGCUCCUCAGAGAUUGGGGUCCAAGUGAACCCCUCAUGUCAGCACCUUGAACGGAGCCCCAUUGUUGUGGGGACUCAGUGAGGAGGGGUAGACGCAUGGAUGCCCCCGGGAGAUCCUUGGAGAAAAAGGUGGGACAGAAAUGCCAUUAAUAAAGGGAGCCCAGCCCAUAAUCUGGGAGCUGCCAGAUUGGUCUGGCAUGACUUGUUUUCGAGAAACCCAGGCUGGGUCUUAGUAAUCACAGCAUCCUUUUCUAAGUCCUCACAGACUGACGGUUUAAUUAUCUGUUCUAGGACCUUCCCCGGUUGCCUGGUAUCAAUCUCAAGCUCAUCGGUCGGUAGUUUUUCCUGUUUUUGAAGAUGGGGACAACAUUUGCCCCCCUCCAGUCUGCAGGAACCUCUCCUGUUCUCCAAGAAUCCUCAGAGCUCUAGAUGAAGGCUCUGAGCUUACAUCCACAAGCUCCUUCAGUACCUUGGAUGCAGCUCAUCUGGAGAUCUGAAUUCACAUGAAGAAGCCAGGUGUCCAGUUACUCCCUCUUUUCCGAUCCUGGACUUCAGCUCCCUCCUUACAUCAUUUAUUCUUUGAUUACUAGGUUGGGCAUCACUUUCCUUAUGCAGCCACACUGUUUUCCCUAGAUGCCUCUCACUUUUCUUUCCUGUUGGGACUGCCUGCAUUCGGGCCUUCAAUAUUUCACCUUGAAGAAGCUCCCAUUUCUUUUAGCAUUUCAGAACAUAGGAUCUCGCCCAGUAUCUCCUUAAGCCUUUUAAAAUUGGCCGCCUUAAUUGAAUUCCUGACUACACUCAGCUUGCGUUUCCCUCUGUCUCAGGGGAGGACAUGAUCACUUUCUCCCAAGUUUCCCAGUACUUCCACUUGGUUGAUCAGUUCCCAUCUGUUGGUGAGGACCAGGUCCAAGAGAGAUGAUCCCCUUCUUGUUUCUUCCGCCUUCUGGGUCAUGAAAUUGUCAGUGAGGCAAUUCUGCAUGGUCGCUUUCCUUAGACCAGGGCUAGAGGCUUCCAUCUCUUUCUUCUUCCUUUUUUCCUGUUAAUGGAAGUUCAGAGUCGGGGCUGUGGUGCAGUCCAGCCCUGGUUCCUAGCAAGACUCAGCCACGCUUGCUCAGGAAACAUUUCUCUUCUCCUGACCAUGUAUCAGUCUGAUAACAGACCAAUAUGUUUGCUUUGUAGGAUUUGCUAGCACCUCUAGAUUGGACCAUCAGAACUUGGCAGAAAGCGAAAGGAUUCCUUCCGAUCUCUUGGAGGCUUCAUGAGAGCCCAGAUGGAUGAGCAAGACUCAGCUGGCCCUGAAGCAGGAGGAGGCCCUGCCCUCCAAACUGGGAGCAGUGGGAGAUUAUGGGAAAACUCAGAGCAGAAGAUCCCAGGUGAGGAGGACACCCUUUGCUCAAAGGUGCAGAGCCAGCAGUUGAGACAGUUCUGCUCCCAGGAGGCCAAAGGACCCCGAGAGGCUUGCGGCCGACUCCACCACCUCAACUGUCGGUGGCUGAAGCCAGAAAGUCAUACGAAAGCUCAGGUGCUGGACCUGGUGAUCUUGGAGCAGUUCCUGGCUGUCCUUCCGCUGGAGAUGGAGAGCUGGGUGAGGGAAUGUGGAGCGGAGACCACUUCCCAGGCUGUAGCCCUGGCUGAAGGUUUCCUCCUGAGUCAGGCGGAGGAGAGGAAGCAAGCAGAGCAGCAGGGAAAGGAUCUCUUUGCGGAAAUGGGCCUGGAUUCCUGUGAGGCAGAAAAGACUCCGUUGGACGCCAGAGAGAGGCCCCUGGGUGAGAGAAGGAUGCCCCCCAGACCUCCUCAUCCAUCUUUUCAUGAUAACGGAGGAGAAGCAGCAGCUGUGGAAACAGAUCUGGUUCCUCUGUGCUUUGAAGAUGUCGCUGUGUAUUUCACCGAGGAGGAGUGGGCGUUGCUGGAUCCUGACCAGAGAGCUCUGCAUAAGGAAGUCAUGGAGGAGAAUCGUAGGAUUGUGGAUUCUCUCAGUGCUGAUGGAUUGGAAAUUAUGAACAAGGGGAACCGUGACAACAUUCACACAGUGGGGAAGUUGUAUAAAUAUUUGGAGUGUGGAGAGAGUUAUAGUAUGAGCUCCCAUUCUACUUCCCAUAAAAUAUAUCCUACUGGGAAAUAUCAUUAUCGGUACUUGGAAGAUGGUAAGACGGUUCGUCAGAAGACAUUUCACACUUUCCAUAAAAGAAUUCAUACAGGGGAGAAACCCCAUCAGUGCUUAGAAUGUGGGAAGAGCUUCAGUUGCAAAAGUAGUCUCACUUCCCAUCAAAGAAUUCAUACAGGAGAGAAACCAUUUCAGUGCUUGGAAUGUGGAAAGAAUUUUAUUCGGAAGGAUUACCUUACUUCACAUGAAAUAAUCCACAGAAGGAAGAAACCCCAUCAGUGUUUGGAAUGUGGGAAGAGCUUCAAACUGAAGAGGCAUCUCACUUAUCAUCAAACAGUUCACAGCGGGGAGAGACCAUAUCAGUGCUUGGAGUGUGGUAAGAGCUUCAGUUGGAAGGACCAUCUCAUAUCCCAUCAAAGGAUUCAUACAAGGGAGAGUCCAUAUCAGUGCUUGGAGUGUGGGAAGAGGUUCAAACUGAAGAGGCAUCUCACUUAUCAUCAAACAGUUCACAGCGGGGAGAGACCAUAUCAGUGCUUGGAGUGUGGUAAGAGCUUCAGUUGCAAAAGUAGCCUCACUUCCCAUCAAAGAAUUCAUACAGGAGAGAAACCAUAUCAGUGCUUGGAAUGUGGAAAGAAUUUUAGUCGGAAGGAUUACCUUACUUCACAUGAAAUAAUUCACAGAGAGGAGAAACCCCAUCAGUGUUUGGAAUGUGGGAAGAGCUUCAAACUGAAGAGACAUCUCACUUAUCAUAAAGCAAUUCACAGUCGGGAGAGACCAUAUCAGUGCUUGGAGUGUGGUAAGAGCUUCAGUUGGAAGGACCAUCUCAUAUCCCAUCAAAGUAUUCAUACAGGGGAGAAACCCUAUACGUGCUUGGAAUGUGGAAAGAGCUUCAGGCAGAAAGUUCAGCUCACAAAUCAUCAAAGAAUUCAUACAGGGGAGAAACCAUACAAGUGCUUGGAAUGUGGAAAGAGCUUCAGGCAGAAAGUUCAGCUCACAGAUCAUCAAAGAAUUCAUACAGGGGAGAAACCAUAUCAGUGCUUGGAAUGUGGAAAGAAUUUUAGUCGGAAGGGUACCCUUACUUCACAUGAAAGAAUUCACCGAGGGGAGAAACCAUAUAAAUGCUUUGAAUGUGGAAUGGGCUUCUUUAAGGGCUGCCAGCUCACUUCCCAUCAAAGAAUUCAUACAGGGGAGGAACUAUAUCAGUGCUUGGAAUGUGGAAAGAGCUUUAGUCACAAAAAUAGUCUCACUUCCCAUCAAAGUAUUCAUACAGGGGAGAAGCCAUAUCAAUGCUUGGAAUGUGGAAAGAGCUUCAGUCAGAAGGUUACCCUUACUUCCCAUCAAACAAUUCACUGUGAGAAGAGACCAUAUCCGUGCUUGGAAUGUGGGAAGAAUUUUAGUCGGAAGGAUCACCUUACUUCACAUGAAAGAAUUCACCUCGGGGAGAAACCACAUCAGUGCUUGGAAUGUGGGAAGAGCUUCACUCGCAAGAAUAGUCUCACUUCCCAUCAAAGAAUUCAUACAGGGGAGAAGCCAUAUCAGUGCUUGGAAUGUGGAAAGAACUUCAGUCAGAAGGGACAUCUUACUUCCCAUCAAACAAUUCACCAUGAGGAGAGACCAUAUCAGUGCUUGGAAUGUGGAAAGAGCUUCAAGUGGAAGAAAAAUCUCACUUACCAUCAAGGAACUCACAGCAGGGAGAAUCAUGGUAUUUGAAGAUGGGUCUCCUAUC